GCCGAGCGCAGGACGAGGCGAUGAAUAAUACAACCGGCUUGGCGCUGGUAGGAGCCGGGAGCCGGGAAGGGUUACCGGCGCACCGCGUCUUGACGGGCUGUGUUCUGGCGCUGCUCAUCAUUUGGACACUUUUAGGUAACUUCACGGUGUGCGCGGCCGUUUAUCGCUAUCGGCACCUGCGCGCAAAAGUAACCAACGUCUUCAUCGUGUCGCUGGCUCUGUCGGACCUCCUGGUGGCCGUGCUGGUGAUGCCGUGGAAAGCGGUGGCCGAAGUGGCCGGUUUCUGGCCGUUCGGGGGCUUCUGUAAAACCUGGCUGGCCUGCGACAUCAUGUGUUCAACGGCCUCCAUCCUAAACCUGUGCGUCAUUAGUGUGGACCGAUACUGGGCCAUCUCCAACCCGUUUCGCUAUGAGAGGAGUAUGAAUAGGAGGGUGGCAUCCGUCAUCAUCGGUGUGACCUGGACAGUGUCUGUGGUCAUAUCCUUCGUUCCCGUGCAGCUAAACUGGCACCGGGCGGAGAUCGGUGACCCAACCGGGGAGAAUCUGGCGCACUACGGUAAUAGUAUUGACGAUGGCAGCUGUGACUCAAGCCUCAGCCGCACAUAUGCCAUCUCCUCCUCCCUCAUCAGCUUCUACAUUCCGGUCGCUAUCAUGAUUGUGACAUACACACGCAUCUACCGGAUAGCCCAAAUGCAGAUCCGUAUGAUAUCCUCCUUGGAGCGGGCUGCUGAGCACGCGCAGAGUUGCCGCUCGGACGUUCCUGAACUGAUUUCGCACCUGUGCACAGAAAUGAGCACCCGCUCGUCUCAGUCUCACAUCAGUCUACAUCCGGACUGCCAGCCCUCUAAUCAGUCACACUGCGAGCUCAAAGUCUCCAUCAGAAAAGAGACAAAAGUGCUCAAAACUCUGAGCAUCAUAAUGGGCGUGUUCGUCUGCUGCUGGCUGCCUUUCUUUAUCCUCAACUGCGCUCUGCCUUUCUGUCCCGGACCAGCUGCUCCGGCGGCCCAACGCGGCCCUUACUGCGUUAGCGAGAAAACUUUUGAUGUCUUUGUGUGGAUCGGCUGGAGCAAUUCGUCUCUAAACCCGGUCAUAUAUGCGUUCAACGCGGACUUCAGAGACGCUUUCCUGCGCCUGUUGCACUGCCGGGGACGCGGCUUUUUGGCCGCGGUGAGCGCCGCGGUGGAGACGGUAAUGGCGAGUAACCAGGCGGGAAACUCCAAGCGAGAAAGCCCAACGAAGGUGAGGCUGGACGUCUCUUGCGCGACGAACACGAGGGGAAGUGAGGACAGCGGGAACACUACGGUGACUGUGUUUUAUCACAGAGGGACGAGGUCGGAACAAGUCACGGACACCGAGGACAGGAGCGACAGAGACAAGCUGACGCACAUUCCCAUCUGAGCGGGAUCAUUUCAGGUGUCGAGGGGACCUUGUUGGUGUUAAAUAUGAACGUGUCUGUUGUGACCUGAAAGAACCACCAAGCCUUAAUGGAACCAACAAGAAAUAUGAUUUCCUCCUGCAGUUUGUUUCUAAAACCACACACACAUAAGCCUGUAAACCAGAAUUUGCUGUUUUCCCACUUUUCUUUGUGUUUUAAGGCCUAAACAAAAAAGUAAAGGUGACUUUCUGUAUCUGUAUUACUCAUUUCCAGUCUAUACUCAUUGCCUACUUGAUAAGGUUGACUUUCGGAAGUGCUUGUUAAUACAAAUAUCCAAUCAGCCAAUCACACUGGAGCAACUGGUCAGGAUCACCUGCUGAAGUUCAAACUGAGCAUAAGAAUGGGCAAGAAAGUCAAUUUAAGUGACUUUAAACAUGAAAUGGUUGCUAGUGCCUUUUUAUGUGCAAGCAUGUUUAGGAUUUACAGAAAAUGGGCUGAAUGUCCAGUGAGCAGCAGGUCUCUGGGUGGAAAUUGAUAUUGAUAUCAGCAGUCAGAGGAGAAUGGCUAGACUGCUUCGAACUGAUAGGAAGGCAGCAGUACGUCAAAUAACUACUUGUUCCAGUUAUGGUAUGCAGAAGAAAAUCUCUGGCACAAUAUGUCAAAUUUUGAA